AUGUCAUCGCCUAAAGUUUGGUUCAUCACUGGCUCUUCGUCCGGUUUCGGGCGCGCUGUAGUAGAGUACGUCCUCAAGAGUGGCGACAUUGCUGUCGCCACUCUCAGGAACCCAUACGCGCUCUCAUCCCUCUCGGCCGUAUACCCUGCGAGCAAGUUGCUCGUCGUUCAACUUGACGUUUCCAACAAGCCGGAAAUCACUGUCGCGUUUGCAAAGGCCGUGGAGGCAUUCGGGCGAGUCGAUGUCGUAUUCAACAAUGCUGCUUACGGUGUCCUGAGCGAGGCUGAGGGGGCGCGGGAAGAAGUUGUCCGGGCCCAGUUUGACGUCGAUUUCUGGGGUGCUGCGAAUGUCAGCAGGGAGGCCGUACGUGUCUUCCGCGAAGUGAAUAGUCCUCCUGGGGGUAGAAUACUGCAGAAUGGUUCUAUCGCUGUUUUCAGAGGUGCACCGGUGCUGUCAUACUAUGUGGCAGCUAAGACAGCUAUCGAGGGUUUUACCAAGUCGCUCGCAGCAGAACUCGAUCCAGAGUGGAACAUCAAGGUCACGAUCAUUGAACCUGGCGGUUUUAAUACCGACGGCGCUCAGCGUAGCAUGAUACGCCUUCCUGCGCAUCCUGCGUAUACCAAGCCAGGCGGAGUACCGGCGCUCACGCGUGGAUUCCUGACGCAGCCGAACUUUAAGCUGCCCGGGGAUCCGACUAAAGCGGCUGGAGUGAUCUAUAGGGUGGCAGGGAUCCCCGAGCCGCCGCUCCAAUUCCCACUGGGCAACGAUUGCAUAGCUAUGGCGAGGGACUCAGUGAACGGUCUCACUGAGACAAUAGACAAGUAUGAGUCUUGGUCGGAGGGGCUUGAUGCUGAGUAG